GAUGUAUUUGUACUUUCUCUCCAUGCAUGCUAGUUGUAAUUUGGAGUUUGCCACAACCUAAUUUUACUCCUUCAACUCCAGCCUUUCGUCUAAAAAUAAUUGCCUACAUUUAACUUUUCAUUGUUUCAAAUAUGUUAUGUAAUGCUUUAGUCAAGCCAUAUUUCUUCUUAUAAAAAGACCAAAUCACUUCUCACACAAUAAUACAAACCUUUCAUCAAGAGGUAAUUAAUAUAAUAAAUCAUUUUCACCCCCCUUUCAAUAGUAAUGACGGCCACAAUUGCUCCUUCAAGGGUUGAAAGCCUAGCAAGUAGUGGCAUUGAAUCCAUCCCUAAGGAGUAUGUUAGGCUCAACGAGGAGCUAACUUCCAUGGGAAACGUCUUCGAGGAGGAAAAGAAAGACGAUGGAUAUCAAAUUCCAACAAUAGAUAUUAAAGACAUAGCUUCUAAGGAUCAAGAGGUUCGAGACAAGGCGAUCCAAGAGCUCAAAAGGGCGGCCAUGGAGUGGGGUGUAAUGCACCUCGUUAACUAUGGUAUCUCCGAUGAGCUUAUUCACCGCGUUAAGGUGGCCGGAGAGACCUUCUUUGAGCUUCCGGUGGAGGAGAAGGAGAAGUAUGCUAAUGAUCAAGCAUCGGGGAAUUUACAAGGGUAUGGAAGUAAGCUUGCUAAUAGUGCUAGUGGACGACUUGAGUGGGAGGACUAUUACUUUCACCUUUGUUUCCCUGAGGACAAAAGAGACUUUUCCAUUUGGCCUAAGACUCCUGCUGACUACAUUCCUGCAGUAUCAGAGUAUUCCAAGGAACUAAGAAGCUUAGCAACUAAGAUCCUCUCGGCAUUGUCUCUAGCACUAGGGUUAGAAGAAGGGAGACUAGAGAAGGAAGUAGGAGGCAUAGAAGAGCUCCUCUUACAAUUCAAGAUCAACUAUUACCCAAAAUGCCCUCAGCCGGAGUUAGCCCUAGGCGUAGAGGCUCACACCGAUGUAAGUGCCUUAACUUUCAUCCUCCACAACAUGGUUCCUGGACUUCAACUAUUCUAUGAGGGUAAAUGGGUCACUGCAAAAUGUGUCCCUAAUUCCAUCAUUAUGCACAUUGGUGAUACUAUUGAGAUCUUAAGCAAUGGAAAGUACAAAAGUAUCCUUCAUAGAGGGUUAGUCAAUAAGGAGAAGGUGAGGAUUUCUUGGGCAGUUUUCUGUGAACCUCCCAAGGAGAAGAUCGUCCUUAUGCCCCUUCCUGACCUUGUGAGCGGCGAGGAGGUUGCUCGGUAUCCGCCUCGAACCUUCGCCCAACAUGUUCAAUACAAGCUCUUUAGGAAGACUCAAGAUCCAUAAGCUACAUUAACAAAUAAUUAAGUUUUCUUUGAUUUCUAUCCUAAGCUAUCUUCUACUAUGCCUAUGAAGUUGUAUUUGUUAAACUUGUAUUUUAGUUUGAGACAUAUAGACAAUGUGUGACUUGAUUAUGCAUACUAUUUUACAUUAUACAAGUAGUUAAUCAAUACUCCGUAGUGUUUUACAUUGAUAA